UUAGGGAUGGGGAGUGCACUAGAGACGUUAUGCGGACAAGCUUUUGGAGCAGGACAGAUUGAUAUGCUGGGAGUAUAUAUGCAAAGAUCAUGGAUAAUAUUGAACUGCACUAGUAUAAUCCUAAUGAUUUUGUACUUGUUUGCUGCUAAUUUCUUGAGACUAAUUGGUCAGACUGAAGAUAUAUCUCGAGAAGCUGGUAAAUUAGCAGUGUGGAUGAUUCCACAGCUCUUUGCAUAUGCUAUGAAUUUUCCUAUAGCCAAGUUUCUGCAGUCUCAGAGCAGGCUUAUGGCGAUGGCUUGGAUAUCAGGGGUCGCCUUGGUUUUGCACGCGUUUUUUAGCUGGUUGUUAAUGUUGAAGUUGGGCUGGGGACUAGCCGGAGGGGCUUUGGUGCUCAAUUUGUCGUGGUGGUUCAUAGUGCUGGCACAGAUGGUGUACAUAUUUAGCGGGACUUGUGGAGAAGCAUGGUCCGGGUUUUCUUGGAAGGCUUUUAAGAAUUUAUGGGGUUUUGUUAAGCUAUCCCUUGCAUCAGCUGUUAUGCUUUGCUUAGAGAUUUGGUAUUAUAUGGCAUUGAUACUGUUUGCUGGAUAUCUAAAGAAUGCUGAAAUAGCCGUGGGCGCACUAUCCAUCUGCACGAACAUUGUGGGUUGGACGACAAUGGUAUCUGUUGGAUGCAAUGCAGCUAUAAGCGUAAGGGUGUCAAAUGAGUUGGGAGCAGCACAUCCGCGGACAGCUAAAUUUUCAGUUCUAGUGAUCGUUCUGUCCUCAUUUGUAAUUGGACUCUUCUUCUCUCUAGUUCUCAUCAUUUUUCAGGAUCAGUACCCUUCUUUGUUCACUGACAGUGAAGAAAUCAAGAAAGUAGUUAAUGGACUAACGCCAUUGCUAGCUGCUUGUCUUGUCGUUAACAAUAUUCAACCCGCUCUAUCUGGGGUGGCCAUCGGAGCAGGAUGGCAAGCCGUUGUUGCUUAUGUCAACAUCGUGUGCUAUUACGUAUGUGGAAUUCCCAUUGGCCUUCUUGUGGGUUACAAGCUCAACAUGGGAGUGACUGGUAUUUGGAUGGGCAUGUUGUGUGGGACGGCGAUACAAACUCUGGUUCUGUUAUGGAUGGCAUACAAGACCAACUGGAACAAAGAGGCUUCAAUAGCUGGAAAAAGAAUUAAGCAAUGGGGAGGAGAAUCAGAUCAUGCUGCAGAAUCAGACCACUUCGAAAAAGGCCUAAUCGACUGAUUUUUAUACAAACUCACUACUCAGACAAGCUAGAUUUGAUCUUUACACAUUUUUCCGAGACCAAUUAGGAGAGCUUAGUUAUACUAGAGUCAACUCAGAUUUCUUUUAGCAUCUGUUAAUUUUGAUGGAAUUUUUUAAACUGGUAAUUUUUUUCUCGCAAUCUUGUGGAUUUUCGGGUUCUACCACUGUAUGAAU